UAGUUUCAAUUCAUUCAUCGACGAAGGUGGACGGUUAGCUCAGUGAUUACCUGUUUUAAACACGAUUUCAAAUAAAUUUGUGCAUACGAAUUGGAAAACCACUUGUAUUAACGUGUAAUACAGAAAUCUUGGACUUGGACUUGAAGAUAUACUAAAUAAAUACUUAAUUAUUAUUUGUUGAAAUAGUAGUAGUAAGCGAUUUUCUAGUCGUUAUGGAAAGAUCUUCAAAUUUGCUGGUUUCCAGUCCGAAUGUAAAAUAUACGGAUGAUUAUAUUUUCGCCGAUUAUGACUAUGAAGAAACUCUGGUGACGAAGAACGGCGACGAUUUGGUGGCAAAACCAUUUAAAACAUCACUAUGUCUCCGCACGGGCCGGAAGGUGGGCAAACUGGGUAUCAUGCUGGUGGGAUGGGGUGGCAACAACGGAUCCACAUUCACCGCAGCCGUGUUGGCCAAUAGACAUCAGCUGUCUUGGAACACGAAGAAUGGAACUAUGCAGUCUAAUUGGUUGGGAUCCAUCACUCAGGCGUCCACAGUCAGACUGGGCAUGGAUGAGAAGGGUCAUGAUGUAUAUGUGCCCAUGUCACACUUGUUACCCAUGGUGCACCCUGAUGACUUGGCGAUCGACGGCUGGGACAUCAGUCCCCUAAACCUGGCCGAGUCCAUGGUGCGGGCCAAGGUCAUAGACUACGACCUGCAGCAGAAGCUGAGGAAGGAAAUGGCCGCCAUGAAGCCGCGUCCUGCGAUCUACGACCCGGACUUUAUUGCGGCUAACCAGGCGGACCGCGCGACCCACCUCAUCCGCGGCACGAAAUACGAGCAGUAUCUUCAAAUCCGCGCUGACAUCAAGGACUUCAAGGAUCGCCAGAAGCUGGAUAAAGUCAUCGUGCUGUGGACCGCCAAUACCGAGAGGUUCUGUGAGCUGAAGCCGGGAGUGCACGACACGUCGGACAACAUCGAGAAAGCCCUGCGGAACAACGAGCCUGAGAUCUCGCCAUCCACUAUUUUUGCGCUCGCUGCCAUCGACGAAGGGUGUUGCUACAUCAACGGUUCUCCUCAAAACACAUUAGUUGAAGGUGUCGUGGAACGCGCGGAGAAAAACGGAGUUUUUGUGGCCGGCGAUGACUUCAAAUCUGGACAGACCAAGCUCAAGUCCGUGCUGGUCGACUUUUUGGUGUCCGCAGGUCUGAAACCGGUAUCUAUUGUAAGCUACAACCACCUCGGCAACAACGACGGCAAGAACCUCUCCGCGGCCAAGCAGUUCCGCUCCAAAGAGAUCUCCAAGUCCAACGUGGUUGAUGAUAUGGUGGAGAGCAACAGUAUGAUGUACAAGCCAGGGGAGAAGCCCGACCAUGUGGUGGUCAUCAAAUAUGUGCCGUAUGUCGGCGAUUCUAAGCGCGCAAUGGACGAAUACACCUCCGAGAUCCUCCUCCAUGGCACCAACACCAUCGUGGUGCACAACACGUGCGAGGACUCGCUGCUGGCCGUGCCGCUCAUCCUGGACUUGGCGCUGUUGGCCGAGCUGUUCUCCAGGCUGUCGCUGCGCAGGCAGGGCACUGAUGAGUGGAGCGGGCUCCACUGCGUGCUGUCCUCCCUCUCGUACCUGCUGAAGGCGCCGGUGGUGCCGGCGGGCGCGCCCGUGGUGAACGCGCUGUUCAAGCAGCGCGCCGCUCUCGAGAACAUCAUGCGCGCCGCGCUCGGCCUGCCGCCGCUGCACCAGCUGCAGCUCGAGCACAAGGUAUGUAACGCGCCGGUGGUGCCGGCGGGCGCGCCCGUGGUGAACGCGCUGUUCAAGCAGCGCGCCGCUCUCGAGAACAUCAUGCGCGCCGCGCUCGGCCUGCCGCCGCUGCACCAGCUGCAGCUCGAGCACAAGGUAUGUAACGCGCCGGUGGUGCCGGCGGGCGCGCCCGUGGUGAACGCGCUGUUCAAGCAGCGCGCCGCUCUCGAGAACAUCAUGCGCGCCGCGCUCGGCCUGCCGCCGCUGCACCAGCUGCAGCUCGAGCACAAGGUAUGUAACGCGCCGGUGGUGCCGGCGGGCGCGCCCGUGGUGAACGCGCUGUUCAAGCAGCGCGCCGCUCUCGAGAACAUCAUGCGCGCCGCGCUCGGCCUGCCGCCGCUGCACCAGCUGCAGCUCGAGCACAAGGUAUGUAACGCGCCGGUGGUGCCGGCGGGCGCGCCCGUGGUGAACGCGCUGUUCAAGCAGCGCGCCGCUCUCGAGAACAUCAUGCGCGCCGCGCUCGGCCUGCCGCCGCUGCACCAGCUGCAGCUCGAGCACAAGGUAUGUAACGCGCCGGUGGUGCCGGCGGGCGCGCCCGUGGUGAACGCGCUGUUCAAGCAGCGCGCCGCUCUCGAGAACAUCAUGCGCGCCGCGCUCGGCCUGCCGCCGCUGCACCAGCUGCAGCUCGAGCACAAGGUAUGUAACGCGCCGGUGGUGCCGGCGGGCGCGCCCGUGGUGAACGCGCUGUUCAAGCAGCGCGCCGCUCUCGAGAACAUCAUGCGCGCCGCGCUCGGCCUGCCGCCGCUGCACCAGCUGCAGCUCGAGCACAAGGUAUGUAACGCGCCGGUGGUGCCGGCGGGCGCGCCCGUGGUGAACGCGCUGUUCAAGCAGCGCGCCGCUCUCGAGAACAUCAUGCGCGCCGCGCUCGGCCUGCCGCCGCUGCACCAGCUGCAGCUCGAGCACAAGGUAUGUAACGCGCCGGUGGUGCCGGCGGGCGCGCCCGUGGUGAACGCGCUGUUCAAGCAGCGCGCCGCUCUCGAGAACAUCAUGCGCGCCGCGCUCGGCCUGCCGCCGCUGCACCAGCUGCAGCUCGAGCACAAGGUAUGUAACGCGCCGGUGGUGCCGGCGGGCGCGCCCGUGGUGAACGCGCUGUUCAAGCAGCGCGCCGCUCUCGAGAACAUCAUGCGCGCCGCGCUCGGCCUGCCGCCGCUGCACCAGCUGCAGCUCGAGCACAAGGUAUGUAACGCGCCGGUGGUGCCGGCGGGCGCGCCCGUGGUGAACGCGCUGUUCAAGCAGCGCGCCGCUCUCGAGAACAUCAUGCGCGCCGCGCUCGGCCUGCCGCCGCUGCACCAGCUGCAGCUCGAGCACAAGGUAUGUAACGCGCCGGUGGUGCCGGCGGGCGCGCCCGUGGUGAACGCGCUGUUCAAGCAGCGCGCCGCUCUCGAGAACAUCAUGCGCGCCGCGCUCGGCCUGCCGCCGCUGCACCAGCUGCAGCUCGAGCACAAGGUCCCAUUCCUGAUGUCGGACCUCCGCAGCGGCCGCAUGUUCGCGGGUGGAGCUCCGCCUUCGAAGAAACAGAAAGUCGCCCACACGAAUGGGGAUAAGUAAAUACAAAAAAACAUCUUCUUACCCCAGUAAGCAAACAGGCUCAAAACAAUAUUUCUAUCGCCGGUAAAGUUAUGGACGACGAAGACUAUUAAAUUAUUUAUUUAAAACUUUUUCUACAGCGUAAUUGUUUAUAAUUAAUUUUAGAAGGAGCUCUAACAUUAUGUCAUUUUUAGUCGUCCAUUUCGUAGGGUUUGAAUAGGUGAAAGCGUGACGGAUGCACGGCGUUCCAUGUCGAAAGAAGGAAAGAAAUAUUGUUUAAGUCUUAAAAAUACUUAAUUCAUCGGAGUAAUUGUAAUCCGUAGAGCACAAAUACAGCUUUGUGUCAGUUCACCUAUUUGUCUUAACAGACCUAGAUUCAAACUGCCAGAUUUUUAACAAUAUUAUACCUAUUUUCAUUACAAUAUUGCAGAAAAUAGUCAUUAUAGGAGUAAAUUUAAUGUGGUUUCACUGUUUUUUUCUAAGUCUUCUUUUUCUUAGUAUAACGUUUUGUAGAAUGUCUACAGUCUCUAGGGUAAUCUCGUGGUGUCCUAGAACUCACUAGUUAUUUUUAAUGUUGGUACUUACCUCCACAGCUUGUUAGCGGCGAAUUAAAUUAUAUGGUGAUUAGAAUUGUUCUUGUCAUAUUUAUUUAUUUAUUUGAAGGUUGUGGUUAUUCGUCUAAAUUAUACACUUGUUGUCAGGCGGUUAUUUUAUAUUGGUGUACUUAGUUAUUGUAGUGAAUUCUCGAAACUGUUAUAUUUAUUUAUUAUUUUACUUUUGGUUUGAAUUUAUUAUAAAGGAUCUCAUCAAUUUCAACGACCAAAUCUGAUUGUCUUGUGAAGAGUCUGUGUUGUGUCUUGAGAGAAUAUAUGGAACUUUUGAUGAAUUUAUCAAUAUCAAGUGUCAAAAUUACAGAUAGGUAUUUACGAUUUUGACGAGUAUAGUAAGUAAUCAAACUGAACAUUGUUGGGUUAUUCUACUUUUUACUGCAGGUUUUUACGAUUUCAAAGAAUCUUGAACUUUUAAUAUUCGUAGUGCGUUUUAACUUACACUAGCUACUUAGAAAUGAUGAGCACAGAGCAGGCCUCAAUAUUUGACUCUUGGCUUUUUUUAUUUUCCGAAUUUAUAGUCUGGAGUAUGCAAAUAUACAACUAUGUUACCGUCCCCGCUCUUUUACUCAUAAUGACAACUUUGUUACUGAUAAAAAUAUAUAUAAAAAUAGAUAAAAUAUUUUUUACUUUGAUUACGAGGCAUCGUUAGUGCGGCAUUCAAUUGUACUUUAUAUUUAUAUACAAUUAAAAAAAUACACAAUUUACAAAUAUAAGCAUCAAAUACUUUCUUCAGGGGACACAAAAACCUGCAGUAAAAAGUAGAAUGACCCUGUUAUUCACUUCAAAACUAUCAAAAACAUUAAUCUUUCGUCUUUUUAUAUUUAGCUGUAUGACCGUCACGGCUAUGUAUGUAAACAUUUUCACAAGUUAAUCUUAGUAGUAUUCCAUUAUAAUAUUAUUAUGUACCUACACAAUAGUGAUUAGGUACUUUUUGAGUUUUCAAAGAUUGUUUAAGUGAGGCUUCCAUCGCAGUAAUUUUAUGAAUAUAGUGAAACAAAAUCUCUCUAUUAGUUAUUAUAAUUUAUUAUUAUAGUACUUAAAAAUACAAGAGACCAGUAUUUUCGCAUUUAUAGUCAAAGUAUUCCUGUUCCAAAAUGAUUUUUAGUUAUUAGUAGAAAGUCGAAUGAUUAUUCUCAUAGGAUCAGUAUUUAAUAGUUUUAUCGAUUUGCAGUAUUAUCAUCAUAUUACAAUAUCGUUUUCACCACACCAACUAGUAAAAGCCCUCUCCGAUCGUUCAAAAACUAAUGAGAAAGUUGCAUUUUAUCCACAAAGUAAUCAGAUGCAAAUUUUGAGUUGUUUCCUUAUGUUAGAAUUGACUUUUAAAUGAUGAUUUUGAAUCUCAUCUUCAUUCAUUUGGAUUUGAUUUAAUUUGAUAUUUUUGUGUGGUGGAAAUUGUUGUGUUUCACUCGGAGGCAAAGUUUGUUUAACCCUCGUGCCUUGAACCCUCGCAAAGCUCGAGAUUCCACUUCUAGAACCACUCGCUACAAUCGUGGUUCAAUUUUGGAAUAUUUCGCUUGCUAAGGUAUCAAUAUCACGAGAGGUUAAACAACAACUUUGCCCCCUUGUAAAUCAAAUAACUAUUUUCGUUUUUAUGGUAGUGUGAUAUGAAGAUUAUUUUAGACCCUCAGAAAUUAGACCAAGUUGGUUUAUAAGCGCUUUCACAUAGCUUAAUUAAUUCAGAAACUGACGACAGGAACGCAGCUAUACGGUAGAGAUAUCUGCAUCUCACUUCCACGUAUUGCUGCCUACCUGUCUUCAGUUACUGAAUAACGUAAGGUAUGUAAAACUCUUAGAGAAAACUAGGAGACUUGUGCUAAUAAUUUAUUCUAAAGAAAUUUUGUAAAAGCCAUGCUGUGCUGUGUGAGAAAUAUUUUAAUUUUCUACAUUUGUGAUGUCCAUGGCUGUUAUGUUAAUCAUACGUAGUUUAUGCGUGUUAAUACAUAUUUAGGUGCAUUAAUUUAGUAGCGUGUCUGAAGAAUAUAUUUAUUGCUUGUCCUACUACCGGUACUAGAUAAUUGCUUAUUGUGAGUGAGUUAUAGAAAGCUCGACACACGGACCACUAAUUAGACCUACUUUUUGUAGUAAUUAUCACGUUAAUGUAUUUUACAGUACAUAUGGUGCUACUUUUCCGCACUAGUGCGUAAAUUAGCACAUUAUGCAACUAUGUCGAAAAUUUAAAGGUCAUAUGUACUGUAAAACGUUGUACGAUACAUGUGCGAAUAGGUGAUUCGCAUCUCGUGUCGAUUUAAAACACUUCCUUCGAUCGUGUUUUAAUUUACCACUCGUUACGAAUUUCCUAUUUUUCGCACUUGUAUCGUAAAUAACAAUUUCUUAUAUUAAAUAUGUUGUUUGUUAUAUUCGUGCACUACGAUUCAUGUAACUCUUCUAAAUAUUGCACGUAUCAUUUACGUAUAAGUUUAUCAUUGCCAUACGUGUACCAUCUUAUUGGAAAAUAUCUCGAUGUCAAGAUCAAAACUUUGUCGUAAGUCUUAAGAGAAUUAAAGCCAUUGCUAGGCUUAAAAUGUAUUUAUAGAGGGUAAUAGAGCUUAUCCUAUAUUGUGUAGAUGUAUCGGCCUGUCCUACGAUGUCUACGUGUUAUUAUCAUAUUAAAUAAAUUUAUUUUGUGAUUGGA